ACAGUUUUCUUCUUCAUACAACUCUCACAAAACAAUGUCGAUUCCAUUGGUUACCACUUCUCUCCUCUUCUUCAUCUUUUUCACCUCCGUCACCACCGCCAAAACGCACAGUUUGAUGCAAAGCAUUCCUCCUUCCUCCUUAGGCUUCCACCAGCCGCAGAAGCUCAGCCACCUCCACUUCUUCUUCCACGACGAUCUCGGAAGUCGCAACCCAACCGCGGUGCGCGUCGCGGCGGCACCGACCACAAACAAGUCGUCGACAAUGUUCGGUGCGGUGGUGGUGAUGGACGACCUGCUCACAGAGCUUCCGAAUGCUGACUCCACGCUGGUCGGGAGGGCGCAAGGUAUAUACGCGUCGGCGUCGACAACUGAACUAGAGUUUCUGUUGGCCAUGAACUUGGCAUUCACGCAGGGUAAGUACAACGGGAGCAGCCUGACCGUGUUGGGGCGGAACCCGGUGAAAUCAGCCGUGAGGGAGAUGCCGGUGGUGGGCGGCAGCGGGCUGUUCCGGUUUGCCCGCGGGUAUGCGCAGGCCAAGACGCAUUCUAUGAGUACGUCGGGAGUUGUUGUGGAGUAUGACGUUUAUGUUUUACAUUACUGAAGGGUUUUGUUUUACCAAAAAAAUUUAAAAAAAAAGAUAUAUAUAAUG